UCAGAGGGAUUUUGUACUCAUAGGUCAACAGCAUAGCACGAAGGAGAGAAUCUCACUUCCAAACCGGCGUCGACGUCCAUCAAUCUUCCCUCUGCAAGCCGAAAUGGCCUUUAGUCCUUUGAUUCGUAGAGCGAUCUCCAAGACCCACACUUUGAGAUCUUCUUGGGGUUUGGUUGAGAGAUUCUUGACCCAUUCUACCAUCUCUAACAACAACGAUAAGAUUGUGGAAAAUGUUGGACGUGGUCUUGAUUCCAAUCGUUGUUACUCUAACGCCAGCUCAGUAGGCGGGGCGGGACUUCCCUCGUACAUGCGCGCAGCUGUGUUUUGGGAACCCAAUAAGCCCCUUACCCUCGAAGAAUUCCGUAUUCCUCGCCCCAAGGCCGGUGAAAUUCUCAUCAAAACCAAGGCCUGUGGAGUCUGCCACUCUGAUCUCCAUGUUAUGAAAGGUGAACUUCCAUUUGCUAGUCCUUGUGUAUUGGGGCAUGAGAUAACUGGUGAAGUUGUUGAACAUGGGCCACUUACAGACAGCAAAACAAUAGAAAGAUAUCCAAUUGGAUCCCACGUUGUGGGAUCUUUCAUCAUGCCUUGUGGUAAUUGUUUCUUCUGUUCAAAGGGCCACGAUGAUUUAUGUGAAGCUUUCUUUGCUUAUAACCGAGCCAAAGGAACCCUUUAUGAUGGUGAAACUCGGCUCUUCCUCCGUAGUAGUGGAAAACCAGUGUUCAUGUAUAGUAUGGGAGGUCUUGCUGAAUACUGUGUCGUGCCAGCACAUGCAUUGGCUAUUUUACCAGACUCAUUGCCAUACACGGAGUCUGCAAUUUUAGGAUGUGCAGUUUUUACUGCUUAUGGCGCCAUGGCCCAUGCGGCUGAGGUGCGUCCUGGGGAUUCUGUUGCUGUGAUUGGAGUUGGGGGUGUUGGCUCAAGUUGUUUGCAGAUAGCGAGAGCCUUUGGGGCUUCUGAUAUUAUUGCUGUGGAUGUUCAGGAUGAAAAACUGCAGAAAGCCAAGGCAUUUGGUGCCACUCACACAAUAAAUGCAACUCAAGAAGAUGCCAUUGAAAAGAUAAGAGAAAUAACUGGGGGAUUGGGUGUGGACAUUGCUGUGGAAGCAUUGGGAAAACCACAGACAUUUUUUCAAUGUUUCAAUUGUGUCAGAGAUGGAGGAAAAGCUGUAAUGAUUGGACUUACACAAUCCGGUGCUAUAGGGGAGGUGGAUAUAAACCGUCUUGUUCGUAGAAAGAUUCAAGUCAUUGGCUCCUAUGGAGCAAGAGCAAGGCAAGAUCUUCCCAAGUUGGUUAGACUGGCAGAAAGCGGUAUCUUCAAUCUUUCCAGUGCUGUUUCUAGGAAAUACAAAUUUGAGGAGGCAGGCGAAGCAUUCCAUGAUCUCAACCACGGAAACAUUAUCAGUCGAGCUGUGGUCGAGAUAAUGUAGGUCCGCCUCACGCCAAGUAACUGCUGUAAUUUGGUCUAAAUAAAGUCCAAUAUGUAUCUUAAAAAUAAGGGGUAAUUACCUUUUCCCCUCAUGAACUACCAAAAAAUGCGCGAUGCUCCCAUGAAUUACCAACUCAACCAAAAUAGAGCAUUCAACUACCAAAGAUAACCAUUUUCCUCCCUUCCGUCAGUUAGAGGGGUUAAAAGAAACAGUCAACGGGUCAUGUGCCGUUUUACAUGGGACAUGUUAGACGACAGUGGUAGUUCAUGGGGGGAAAGAGGAAGAUGGUGGUAGUUCAUGGGGGGAAAAGAGAAAGAAAAUGAGGGUAAAACGGCGUGUGACGGUCACGUGACCCAUUGACCGUUUGUUUUAACCUCUUUGACUGACGGAAGGGGGAAAAAGGGUUGCCUUUGGUGGUUGAAUGCUCUAUUUUGGUCGAGUUGGUAGUUCAUUGGGGCAUCGUGCAUUUUUUGGUAGUUCAUGGGGGAAAAAGUAAUUACCCUUAAAAAUAAACAUGAUCCUGGUACUGGUUCAAAGGAGAUGGACAUGAUUAGCGAUUGGAAAAGAAUUGGGGUGUCAUGGAUGUGUUUUGUCACGCCACUUAAUUGAGUGCUUCCCAUAUAUCUUUGUUGCUUCCAAAACCAGAAAGUUCCCCCUCGAUUAAUUUCAAUCACCUGAAGUUCUUAUGAAUCUUAAUUCAGCUCAGUAGCUAAUUGACUCUGAACAUAAACUUAUUUGCGA